UAAUGCUACGAGCUGGCUUCUCACCCGUCAUUACAACACACGAAGAAGUCGAGGAGGUAGAAUAACAAGAAGAAGAAGAAGAAGAAGAAGAAGAAGAAGAGAAGUACCUCGCGUUUGUUUAUAUUCUGACCAUCUGACAGUUUAUUAGUUACCGAUUGAGGGGAUAUCUAAUACUUCAUGUCAGAAUUGUGUAUGAGGGAUGGAUCCUGAUCACUUUUUUCAAACACUGCUUCGCAACGGUGAUCAUGAUGGCGUUGAUGUCACCUCCUGGCUGUCAGUGUGUCCCAGAGGUAUCUGGAAAGUCCAGCAAAAGCAAACACACGAAGGCUUUCAACAGAAUGUUUCUAAUUCUGGAGAUGAUGCAUCAUGUUCAUCCAGUUAUCGUCCGAGGUUGGGUUCACUGUGUCGAGUCCGAGUGCGGCUCAAAUCUAACAUGGAUGCAGCAGAGAGUUUAGUGUCUGAAAAGGGUGAUGAGAAGCUGUCAGUCCAGCCUGACCAAUCAGUGACUGAGGUUACAGAAGCCACGGCCUUCCCAAGGUGUCGGGACUCUUUGCUGCAGGUCCCACUGGGUGACUGGACAACACUGAGGCUCGGCGAGGGUCAGUGCGAUAUCACAGAAGCAUGUGUUGAGUGGAUGAGAGUGGGAGAGAAAUGUGAGAUACUGAUUUAUCCUGUGGGAACAGAUGUCUCUGUUCCCCUUCCUGCUGAGGAAAACCUGCCUUUAUGUGCUACAGUUGAACUCAAAGCUUUCACACCAGGCAAGGAAUCCUGGGAGAUGUCACCUGGUGAAAAGUGGCAGUGGGUGAAGUCACACAAAGAGAGAGGUGGAGCGAGAUUCAGGAGUGGGGAUGUGUGGGGAGCAGCGGACAGCUACAGCCGGGCCCUCAAACUUCUCAUCACUCUCCAUGGGCAUGUUGGAGAGGUGGAGAGGAAAGGACAAGAGCAAGAAGCAGUGGAGCAGAGAGACACAAACACUGGGGAUGAAACACAGCAACUUCCUUCAGCUAAUGAAUUCAAAACCAUCAAAGCAGAGCUCCACUCAAACCUGUCCUUGUGCCAGUUCAAACUGCACCAACCAGAGCGGGCUAAAGCCAGCGCAGCUAAAGCUACUCAGCUGGAACCGGGUGGGGCUAAAGCCUGGUACCGGAUGGGUCAGGCCUGUCAGAUGUUGAAUGAGCUGGAGGAGGCCAGGCAGGCAUUUAGGAAACUGCUGGAGCUACAGCCAGAAUCCCCUGCUGCUUUGAAUGCACUUAAAGACAUAGCAAGUAGAGAGAAAGAGAACAAUGCACAAUUGGGACUUAGACUCAGCAAAAUGUUCAGCUGAAGAUAUCCGUAGAAUUGAAUGUUUCUUCUCAUGAAUCCCCAUUAAAUGGUUACAGCCACUGUGUCAGCUCAAAAGUUAAAACUUUU